GACGCAGGAAUCUCUGACAGGUGGAUAGCUGUCUUCUCUCCUAACCCAGUCUUUAGGGACCAGCUCACUGAUGUCCUACUCAGUUCUGCUCACCCUAACCUUGAACUUGAGCCUUUGACCCUCAGCAGCCAUGUUGAGAACGUGUCUGCAUACGUGCAGAAAAAUGUGCACAUCUCACGGAAAGGCGUCCUCCCUCUAGUGCGUGAUUUCCUGGCAGGGGAGACCACCACGCCUGAUGAAAACAUUAACUCCUCCAAGGGCCAGGCACAGUUCUCUGGGGCUAGGCUUGAGUCUGAGUCCUCUGGGGAGAGGGAGGACCUGUCAGAGGAGGAGACGAGGCGGCACAUCAACCUGGCCAAAACAUUUCAGUCUGACUUGUUCCGCACGUCCCAAGACCGCUACGACCUGGCAGCUGUUGGCAUGGACGCUUUGAUCUCUCCCAGUCUCAGUAGUGACAGCGAGCUGGGCAGUCCCCAGGAGGGGGCCAGGGCGGCGGAACAGGAGGUGGUUGUUGGAGACGAGGUUGGGGUUGGUCAGAUUGGCUCCCAGCCGCGGUGGGACAGUGGCUCGGGUGAUUUUGUUAACGGAGAAGCAGGAAAAGAGAACACGGAGACUUCGGCGUUUGUCAACAAUUUGAUAGACUUUGACAUAGAGAAGGUGGCCCCCCACGGGGAGGUGCCAGUAUCCCAAGGGGAGGUCCCCCCCACGCAGCCUGUCCUAAGACUUGAGAGUAUUGACCUGUUCUCCGACACAGAAGCUGAUAUGUUGGGCGCAGACUUGAGUUCUAAACCACAGCAGACAGGGGAACAUGUUCAUCAACCCGACACCUUGACAAACCCUGGCUGGGGUGGGGAUGCAGGGGAGGAACCUUCUAGAAUGCUGAAUGGCGUGGCAGCCAAUGGUGACAGCAAUAACAUAAGCGGCGUGACGCAGGCGGACAACUUGAUGGGUGAGGACAUCCUGCAAAACCACAGCCCGUUUGAUCUGCUCUGCCCCAACAACGUGGACAGUCCUAUGGACGUGUCCUCUAUGCCUGCCUCAGGACAAGCCUCAGGGCAGGGGUCAAAGGUGCCCAGUUAUCCUGACACCCCUCCCAACAGCUACAUGGAACCCUCCGGGGCUGUUUAUUAUAAAGAAACGCAGCUCCCCAGUUUUAACAGUUCUGAGAUGGUCCAGAGGAUUCAGGCCAAGAAGGCAGCAUUAGGUGGACAUGGGGGCAGUCGGCGAAACAAGGGGGACAUGUUUGAGGAGGAUGAUGGACUGGAUGGCUUGUGUGUGGCUGGGGAGGGCAGCAGCGGGGGCGGGGGGUCCCUCAUCUCCCCUGCUGUCCCACAGAACAGCUACAUCGACCUGAGCUCCGGCUUCAGCUACAGCUCCUCAGAUUACCAGCUGCCAAAGCUGACCAACUCGGACAUUAUGGACAGGGUCAAUGAAAAGCGCUCUCAGUUUGAGUGGUUGGUGGAUUCUCUUGACGGCUCCACCAGCGGAGUGGAUGUGGGCCCAAACUCUGACGAGCCUGCCGCACCUACGUCACCCAAAGCGUCCCAGCCCCUACCUCUACGGGCAGCGAUGGAUCCGCAGGUCCCGUACACGCCACAGAACAGCUACGUGGAGGGGAGCUUUGACUCGUAUGCCUGGAACAACCUCCCCAGUAUGAACAACGCUGAAAUGGUGGCCAAGAUCAAGGCCAAGCAGUCGGCCAUGUACGGCUCCAGCGCCACAUCAGGCCGUGUCAGCCGAAACAGUCAUGGCAGUGACGACAGUGGAGGCUGCCGUAGUCCAGAUGUGGCUGUCAGAGGCUCCAAGUGUACAAGUUUAGACAGUCCCCAGCCCUUCACCCCACAGAAUAGUUACAAGGAUAAUUUACAUCUUCUAGAUUCCAGGAACCGUUUACCAGAUUUGAAUGAAGUUGCGGAGAGACUCUCCGUAGAACAUUCCACCAAGCGCCAAUUUGCAGGCAGCGGAGGCGGCAGCAGAGAUGAAGAGAACAUCAACCUGAACGCAGUGCCACAGAACCCCACCCGGCAGGCCAGGCACUCUAGUAGUCAGUCUGACAGCCAGAACACCAUGUCCGACGUCGAGUCUCUCAUGAGCAUCAGCACUGACGUCGGCACGCCUUCUGACAAUGUCGUGGCGUUGAAUCUGGCGGGGUUGAUGAGAAACGAGAUCGCCAUGCUCAGCCGUAAGGACACGGCAGAUUCUGAUGUCUUUGUCAAGCUGGAUGACACAACCUUAGCUGCCUCUGAAACCAAGAAAACCGGGGUGUACUUUACAGAUUCCCCACCUAAAGGGAUCACCUUUGCUGAGCAGGUGGCCACAAGCGCUGAUGAUGGGGAUGUUGCUCACAAUGGUUUCCCAGGCGACAAGGAGCUCUUCUCUCCUGUGGAGGAGAGCCAACUACGCAGCGUGGAGGACCAUGCCUUCUUCCAGGCCGCAGAGAGCCUGGUGGCACAGAGCGUGGCGGCUGCUAUACAAGCCAGUAAAAGACAGGCAGAGAGGGAGGCAUCUGGGCGAGGGGGGAGGUUAAAGUGGGAUGUCACCACAAUCGUCAACUUUGCAGACCAUGAAGAGGAGGAGGAAGAUGUCAGCUACACAAAUGACAAGAGUGAGGAAGAAGAUGAAGAAGAAGACAUCAGCUACAAGGUUGAUAACAGAAACGACAACAAGAGUGAAGAAGAGUAUGAGAAUGAAGGGUUUAGACACUCGGAUGACGACUUCACCCCCGUGGAUGACGCCUUGCUCACUGCGGAUAACUUUGAGGAAGAACCUGAUGAGCAGCAUGACGCCCCAGAGAUUCCCCUGGUGAAUGGCCUUGACCCCCAUGUGUCUGAGCACGCAGGAGCUGACAGCUGUGACCAGCAGCUGACUGAUCUGGCACUCAAUGAACUGGCCUUUGAGAUCGCCAACGAGCUGAUCCAGAACGUCUUGAACAACUUCAACCCAGAGACCAUGGAGAUGGAACCCAAGCCCUACGUGGGCAAGAGAGACGAGGAAGUUUCUAGAAGAGUCAAGUGGGGGGACUCCAACGAGAGCGCCGCCAGAGUUCCCAUUGAAGCCCUCCUGGAAGAGUCUGCUGAGAGACGUGCAGCCUUAGAUGCCAACUGCUCCUCCUCCUCUGACAGAUCCAAGCCCAAGGACUACGACUCACCUUUUACUAUUGUUGAAGAUGAAGUGCUCACCAGUUUCCCUGAGAGAAAGCCUUCCACUGAGCUUAUCAGCGCCGAGGAAGAAGAGGCUAGCUACUCAUUCCCUGGGAGAAAAUUCUCCAAAUCUGAUGAUUUUCCAACACGGCGUUUUUCAAGAGAGGAUAACUCUUCAAGAAGAUCCUCACGGAUGGAUGAUUCGGAUGUGAGUGUGAAACCAGAAGACUUGGAAACGGAUUACUUGCCGAGCAUGGAUCCGCUGCAGGGAAACUUGGAUAUCAUUGAUGCGUCUUUCACUAAGAUGACAGACGCAGAUAGGGAGGUGGUGGAGGGGGAGAGCUUUAGAAAAGCCAGUGGAGAGGAGGGGCUCAACAGGGAGGACUCUGAGGAUAUAGAGCUGGAUGAGGAGAGUAUUGAAGAGGGUUACCGGAGGCGGAUAGGUGAAGAGGCUUUUGAUGAGCGUUUUGUUGAUGAGGUCAUUCCAGAGGAUAGGAUACAGGAGGAUACGGUGCCGGAGGUUCCUUUUGAGCUAAAGAAUGAGACUUUAGAGGCCGUGAAACGCAGCGCGGCCAAAACAAAGAAACGAAUCCGAGUGAGUUUUUCUGAAGACUUUGACGAUGAAGUGGGGGACUUUAACGUUCAGUUGUCCACUAGAUCAUCCCUUAGGUCACCUCCCCCACCUUUGUAUACCCAAGAUUCUACAUCCUCACCCCCCGAUGGGGCUGAUGACGAGGAGGAGGAUGACCUUCCAAAUUUCUCGUCUGCCAGCGCCGCUUUAAAAUCAGAUCUGAGACACAACGGAGAGGAGCAUGGGAGUCGGGCGGAGGUGUGGAACACCACGGUAGGCCGCAUCAGCAUCGCCAGUGAGGAUGGGGAGAGCUCAGGGAGGACUCCGUCUGCCAGAGGGUCGGAGCUGGGAGAGCCGCGUCACCCAGCGCAGCAGAGUCAGGUGGGAGAACUCAUCCAGUCGGCUGAGGAAACCAUAUCCACAGCUGACCAAAGCUUGCUAGGUGCUGCCCUCCCCUCCCCUGCUCACCAGCCUGUGCUGUCUAACCACUAUCAUGACCCCACUUCACUAGAAUACAACAACUCAUCUUCAUCACCUCCCUCUGCUGUGCCCGUAACCUCUGACCCUAGCUUGACCUCUGUUUUCCCCCCUGCUCAAACCCCCUUGGCCUCCAGUGUAAAUAACCUUGAACCUCAUGUGAUAACCUCUAACCCCACCCAGCCGCCAGUGCAUGUCAGUCCGCUUGUACCAGCCACCAGCGAUCCACUCAACACAAUCCGCCACCAUGCGCGGAAUACAUCACUGGGCUCUAUAAAGGGCGCCGUCUAUACAGAGGAGUGGCAAGAUGACGAGAUAGAGGAGGUGGCUGUACAGGGAGGUUUAGACGCCCCACCAAUGGAUUCUCUCCGGAAGAAAAUUGUUCCUGACUCCUCGUUCCUCCAAGCCAUCGCAGCUGAUGAUGAUGAGGGGGUAGACCAGGAGGGAGAGGACGAGGAUGAGGAACCAGACAAUGAAAGUGAGACUGGGGAUCUGGAAUGGGAAAGGAGAGAACUCCUACACCAUAGAGAUGACACGCCAGUCAAAACACCUCCCCGACCUGGUCUAGACACCACCCUAACCCAAGGCACACAAGGUGAAGGUCACCAGCGGUGGAAGCGCGUGUCUGUGUCUGGUGUGGACUUCAACAUUGACAUGCAGGCUGUGGAACCCUACAAGAACGUCCUGUCACAUGGGGGCUACUACGCUGAAGGUCUAAACGCCAUCAUUGUGUUCUAUGGCUGCCAUCUACCUAGCCGUAGGAGGGAGGACUACACCUACAUCAUGAACCACCUCUUUCACUACGUGAUCUACACGCUGGAGGAGCUGGUGGCAGACGACUACGUCAUCAUAUACUUCCACGGCUCCACACCUCGCAGACAGAUGCCUGGCCUGGGCUGGUUGAAGAGGUGUUACCAGUCUAUUGAUAGAAGGUUAAAGAAAAACCUGAAAGGUCUUUUCUUAGUCCACCCAACACUGUGGCUGAAAACAAUUGUGACUAUGAUUAGACCAUUCAUAAGUUCAAAGUUUUCCUCCAAGUUGCGGUUUGUUAGAAGUCUUGAAGAACUGAAUUCUCUAGUCCCCAUGGUCAAUGUAACUAUUCCUGAAGCCAUAACACAACUGGAAGAGAUCCUCAAACACAACCCCCACUACCUGGAAGAACAGGAGGAGGAAGAGAAAAAGAUGAUGAAAGAGGAAGAGAAGGCGAGCAAGCAGAGGGAGAAGGAGAGGAAGAGGGAGGAGAAAGAUAGGAAAAAACUGGAAGAGGAUAGGAAGAAAUUGGAGGCUAAGGAAGAAAAACAGAAGAAAAAAGAGGAGAAAGAGAGGGAGAAGGAGAAGAAGAAAGCUGAACAGAAGAGAAAGUCUCAACUGAAAUAAUUGUUGCAUCAUUAUCAUCAUCAUCUUGUUUGCAUACAACUCAUUUCAAAGUAUUUACACUUGUACUCAAUCAUCGUUAGUAUUGUCCCUUAAUUACCUGUACAGCUCACGGCACCUUGUGGCAUAUGUGUCUAAAUGUCCUGUUAAAUGUCCUGUUAAAAAAUGUCCUGUUAAAAAAUGUCCUGUUAAAAAAUGUCCUGUUAAAUGUCCUGUUAAAAAAUGUCCAGUCUCUAGACUGUCCACUGGCUCUUGUGAUAUUGUCCAGUACAGUGUGUGUUCUGACCCACUUAUGAACCAACACAUGAUGUGUUGUCAGUCGUGGCUCACUUGUCAACAAACACACCUGUGUGUCAGUGGUGUGUAGUCAGAAACCCACCUAUGUUGUCGUAGCCCUACCCCUAACUGUCAUCCCAGUAAUGUGAAGCACCCAAUCGUUUGCCUAUAACAAAAGUAUUUGUGUUUUCAUUAUAUAAAUAACUAGCAAUUAUGACUUGUCGUUAUAAGUUAAUUUAUUUUUUGCUACUUAUGAAAUAUUUGUAUGUUUUUAGAUCCUGCCUAUUUAUAUUUCUAUUUUUUUUAUUUUGAUGAAUUUAAAGAUGGAUUCUUUAAAAUGAUUUGAUAUAAUUAGACUGGUUGUCUAUAUUUGUUGAAAUUAUCUUCGGCCUCCUCUCCCA